AUGAAUUGCUUCUUUCUUUCUUUCUUUCUUUCUUUCUUUCUUUCUCCUCCUGUUAAUCUCUCCUGCUCAUUUCUCUCUCAAUUCAUAUCUAUCCAUCUAUCUAUCUAUCUAAGCCUGCUCAUUUCUCUCUCAAUUCAUAUCUAUCUAUCUAUCUAUCUAAGCCUGCUCAUUCCUCUUUCAAUUCAUAUCUAUCUAUCUCUCUAUCUAUCUAAACCUGCUCAUUUCUCUCUCAAUUCAUAUCUAUCUAUCUAUCUAAGCCUGCUCAUUUCUCUCUCAAUUCAUAUCUAUCUAUCUAUCUAUCUAUCUAAGCCUGCUCAUUUCUCUCUCAAUUCAUAUCUAUCUAUCUAUCUAUCUAUCUAUCUAUCUAAGCCUGCUCAUUUCUCUCUCAAUUCAUAUCUAUCUAUCUAUCUAUCUAAGCCUGCUCAUUUCUCUCUCAAUUCAUAUCUAUCUAUCUAUCUAUCUAUCUAA